GGCAACCCGGAAGUUCCCGCCUGGCCGCUCGACGACCGCUGGAAACACCGUCCCACCGCCGUUUCGAGGGCUGCCGCCGCCGGACUGACCAUGGACGAUACCCUGUUCCAGCUGAAGUUCACAGCGAAGCAGCUCGAGAAGCUGGCCAAGAAGGCGGAGAAGGACUCCAAGGCGGAGCAGGCCAAGGUGAAGAAGGCCCUGCAGCAGAAGAACGUGGAGUGUGCCCGUGUGUACGCGGAGAAUGCCAUUCGCAAGAAGAACGAAGGCGUGAACUGGCUCCGCAUGGCGUCCCGCGUGGAUGCGGUGGCCUCCAAGGUGCAGACAGCUGUGACCAUGAAGGGGGUGACCAAGAACAUGGCGCAGGUGACCAAAGCUCUGGACCGAGCGCUGAGCAGCAUGGACUUGCAGAAGGUGUCUGCGGUGAUGGACAGGUUCGAGCAGCAGGUGCAGAACCUGGAUGUGCACACCUCGGUGAUGGAGGACUCCAUGAGCUCGGCCACCACCCUGACCACGCCGCAGGAGCAGGUGGACAGUCUCAUCGUGCAGAUCGCGGAGGAGAACGGCCUGGAGGUCUUGGACCAGCUCAGCCAGCUGCCGGAGGGCGCCUCCGCCGUGGGCGAGAGUUCCACGCGCAGCCAGGAGGACCAGCUGUCCCGCAGGUUGGCUGCCCUGAGGAACUAGGAGCCGCCGCCCGCCCCGCCCGCGCCGGGCCUCCGCUCACCUGCAGCAGCCGGGCCCUCGCUGCUCUCGG